AUGGAUGAUCUCUCACAGCUGGAGACCCGAGGAUGUACCCUCCCUAUGAAUCUUCUUACCUCUUGGGAACAAAGGCAGGAGCACAGGGAGGAUGGAGGCAAGGUGAAGGAGAAAGUGUCACUGCAGAUGGGUCAGGAUGCCUUAAGGGCAGGCUCACCUGCAGUGCUGGGUCCCAGCUUUAGGGAAUUGGCUCGACCUGCUGUUCUGGUUGAAUGGUGUGAGGAUUGCGGUAAAAGCCUUAUAGGAGAAUGCAGACUCCACGGACCACUCAUCAGGGCUAAAGAUAGGGUUAUUCCUAGCCGAGCCCGUCUCACCCUACCUCAUUACCUCACUUUGCGAGUGUUGGAGCUGCGAGCUGGAAACCAGCAGAUCCUUGGAGUAUUUGCAAAGAAAGUAAUACAGAAGAGAACACAGUUUGGUCCUUAUGUUGGUCAACUGUCUACAAAAUUGACCCGCUAUGAUGAGAGCAGGCUAGUGCUGCAGGUAUUGAAAGAUGGAGGGAAGUACUUUCUGGACACUCCCAAUGAAGACUGUGGAAACUGGAUGAUGUUUGUCCGGCUAGCCCGGAACCAAGAAGAACAGACCCUUGUGGCUUACCAGCACUGUGGAGAAGUCUACUUCACAACUGUUAAGCCAAUUGAGCCCCACACAGAACUGAAAGUAUGGUAUGCUGCCGAUUAUGCCAAAUUUAUGGAAGCUUCUGCAGUCUUCAUUAAAGAAGAAUCUGAUGUCUGUCCUUUGCCUCCAGUAGCAGCACUCAGCCACUCAUUCUCCACAGAAAUCUCACCAGUGUGGCUACUGUGAAAAGACCUUUCACAGGAAAGACCAUUUAAAGAAUCAUCUUCAGACUCAUGACCCUAACAAGAUGGCCUUCAAGUGUGAAGAGUGUGGUAAGAAGUACCACACCAAACUAGGCUAUAAG